AUGCAAGUGCCGGUUCUCGGCUGCACUUUCCUCACGCUGUCAGAUCGUGAGGAAAGUACUGCCGAGAACCGGCAGUUGUCAGAGCGGGGAUCGGCACCGAUCAUCAGGGCACUGAUGAUCAGUGCCCUGAUGAUCGGUGCCCAGCAGUGCCACCCGCAAGUUCCGCCCACCUGUGCCCAGCAAUGUCACCCACCUGUGCCCAGCAGUGCACCCACCUGUGCCCAGCAGUGCAUCCACCUGUGCCACUCUGCAGUGCCACCUACCUGUGCCCAGCAGUGCCACCCACCUGUGCCCAGCAGUGCCACCCACCUGUGCCCGCCCACCAGUGCCACCCACCUGUGCCCA